ACUACGCAUACCAUAUCACGCAGGUUUGCCUUAAGUCUAGCGGCGAGUUCCCUUUAAGUGGGAUUCGACGAUAUCAUCGACAAGCAGAUUGAGACAAUCUUUUACCAGUUUCAGUCUCGGAAGAAUCUUCGAUAAUUUACAAUUAAAUUGCUGAAGGAGUAUUAAUCGAUGAAGUGUUUUUAAAGGUAAUCAUGGGCACCUACUCAUGUCCCCAUUUGCGUAAACUUCCUUGUGCUUUAAAAACUUAUAAUGUUAUACUGGGUUAUUAUGUGACUUGUAUAGCCGAAGAUCAGCCGUUUCAAAAACUAGCAGUGGAUGCGUUUUGUCGUGUCUGCAAAGAAACCAAAGGAAAAUUACAUGCAUGUUUGCAAUGCGCAUUUUUUGGUUGCUUUAAAUCUGUGGAUGGAAACGUUAGUCAUAUGAAACGUCAUGCAUUGAAAUAUAAACAUUAUUUUGCCAUUAAUUUGAAUCACGGCUCUUUAUUUUGCUUCCAAUGUGAUGAUUAUAUGUAUAAUGAAACAUUUGAUGAAUCUCUCGCUGAAUUCGAAAUAGAAGCUAGAAAAUUGAAAAUCACGCAAUCUUUCUUAACUUGGAAACCAAACAAUAAGGAAAGAGCUCUCCUGAAAGGCAAAAUUGUAAAAAUCUCGGAUUUGUCAUAUUUUGGUUUAAGAGGUAUAGUAAAUAUAGGAAAUAGUUGUUAUAUCAAUUGUAUUGUCCAAGUGUUGAUGCACACUCCUGUACUGGUAGACUUUUUCUUACGUGACAAGCACGUAUGUACCUUAGAAUCUUGUCUUUUAUGUGAAUUGUUUCUGAUGUUCCAGGAGUUUUACUCUGGGAAAUCAAUUCCCUAUGAUCCUUCAGAACGAUUUUUUAUUAAAUUGCAGCAGUUUUGUAGUCAACCUCUUGGAAUACAACAACAAGACUGUUAUGAAUUAUUUCAAGAGAUUUUAACAGGUAUGCAUGUUAAUUGUCCUAAUAAAAAUGACAUUAAUUGCAAGUGUAUGAUUCAACAGAUGUUUUAUGGAAUCGCUCAAGGCUGUAAAGAAUGCCAACAUUGUCAUGAUUCAUCAUCUUUACCUCCUGAUUGUUUCAUGGAUAUCCUGCUGGAUUUAGAUAGAAAAGAUGAUUGUCUUAUAAAUGUUUUGAAUAGAAAAUAUUUGGAAAAGCAAUUAUUAUCUGACUAUAGAUGCUCUAAUUGUGAGAAAAGUAAUACAACAUAUAUACGCCAGCAUAUUAAAAAGCUUCCCAAUGUUGUAUGCUUUCGUAUGAAUUGCUUCCUUUUGGAAGUUAAUAAAAUUUCAUCACGAACUAGAAACAGAAGAAUGCAGAAGAAAUCGACUGCUUUUGCAUUUGAAGAGUUUCUAAAUAUGUCACCAUAUUUAAACUCGGAGACUACUAAUUCUUCUGAUAGAAAUGGUGCAUGUGCUGCUGCUUCUGUACCUAGUGACAAUGUCUUCCGGUUGUUUGCAGUUAUAUUUCAUAAAGGUACUUUACAAGGUGGACAUUAUGUAACAUAUAUUCGGCAGCGGCAUAACUGGUAUGAAUGUGAUGAUAGAUUUAUAUAUAGAAGAACCAUGGAUGAAGUUCUUCAAUGCGAACCUUUCCUUUUAUUUUAUCAGAAUUAUCAGUAAAUUUACAAGUGAUUGAUUUGUAUAUAUAUAUAUAUAUAUAUAAUGUUUUUUCGUUAAACAUUUGAAUACUGUUUAAGCUAUUAGUUUAUUUCCCUUUUAUUAUCAGCUUAUAAUUAUUAACUCUUGAAAUGUUUUUCCUGACGAGAUUUGAUGUAUUCCUGUAAAGUUAGUAUCCCCAAAACAUUAUACUAAAAUAUUUUGUAGUAAUUUUGAAAGUAAGACAUUUAAUAUAUGGUUUAUUGAUACUAUAAAAUGAAGUAUUGAUGUUUAAAAGAAAAAAGUAUCUAUUCCAUAUAUUUUCAAAAACAUAAUUGCUUAUGUAAAAAAAGAAAAAUAUAUCCAUGCAUAUUUGUUGUGAUAAUCAGUAAAAUAUUACAUUUAAAAAAAAUGGCAUUGUUUAUUUUCAAGUGCAUUUUUAAAAAAAUAUUUGCAUAUCCAGUGUAUAUAAACAAAUGUUCAUCAUUUAUUGUCUUGUGGCUGAGGACUUACCAGCAGUUGACAAUUCAUUGGAGGCAUUAUCUGGGUAGCUGCCAAGAUAUCUUAAAGUAGUAAACAUAGAACUACUUACUUGUUUCUUUUUCAGAAGUAUGGUUGUGGAUCUGUUGAUUGCUGAGCAGCUGUAUGUAUAUACUUUAAUGAAUAGUCCCUGUUCUUUUUCAAUGUUUUGGUCUGUGGUUCUGUUGAGUAUUGAGUAGUUAUGUGCAUUCCCUUUAGUGAGUAAUUUCCAUCCUCUUUCAUUAAUUGGUCUGUGGAUCUGUUGUUGAUGCAGUUAGCAGAUGUUGAUCUAUUCUUUGCAUCCACAUUAGUGAGUAGUUCACAUUCUCUUUCAGUGUUGUGGUCCUUGGAUAUUUUAAGUAUUGAAUGGUUGUAUACAUCCAUUUUAGUAAGUAGUUCACAUUCUCUUUUAUGUAUCUGCUUUAGUAAGUAAUUGACAGUUUUUUUUUCCUACAUGUUAUGUGAUUCUCCAUAAGUAUAAAAAUAUUUUUAAAACCAGUAUUGUAACAGAAAUGUUUAAAAAAAAUCAAUUAAGAAAUAUGCGAACCAAAUUAUAUUAUUAGAUUUUGAGUAGUUUUUAGCAUCCACAUUAGUGAGUAGUUUGCAUUCUCUUUCAGUGUUAUGGUCCUUGGAUAUUUUAAGUGUUGAGUGGUUGUAUACAUCCAUUUUAGUAAGUAGUCCACAUUCUCUUUUAAUGUUAUAGUCCAUGUGUUGAGCAGUUUUAUGUAUCUGCUUUAGUAAGUAAUUGAUAAUUUUUUUCUUACAUGUUAUGUGAUUGUGUGAUUCUGCAUAAGUAUAAAAAUAUUUUAAAAAACAUUAUUGUUAAAAUGAAUCAAGAAAUAUAUAAAAUAAAUUAUAAAAUUGCUAUUUACA